AAAAAAGAAAACGGUUCCUGGUUCCGUUCCGGUUUUUGGUUCAAUAUCGUUCCGGUCUGGAUCCCUGCCCUGCUUUUGGAUUUGAAAAUUGAAAAUUAAGAAUCAGUCAUGCAUGUCAAGGAUACCUACGCGAGUUACGAUAAGAAAAUUUCAAUCUAGGAAAAAUAAAGACGUGAAUCGUUUCAUUGAAAAUCAAUUUCAAUUAAAUUUGUGCGCCAAAAGUUUCCUUUUCCUUCGCCAGAAUGUACUCGUAUACGACGUCACAAUUCACAUGACGUAAUUGACAGGUCGUGAGAUCUACAUGUGAAAAAGCGUACUAAACUACAUACACAAGACCAAAGACAGAAGGGCUACACACACACAAAAAAUACAAAAAUGUUCAUAAUCUAGCAGUGGAAUUUUUCAUGUUAUUCGGGUGUCGAAAAACAAUAAAAUAUGUCCGGGCAAACGGUCCCAGUGGAAAAACUAGUGCGAGUGGGUUAUUACGAGCUGGACAAGACCAUCGGCAAGGGAAAUUUUGCUGUGGUAAAGCUAGCUACACACAUCGUCACCCGUACCAAGGUGGCCAUAAAAAUAAUAGAUAAGACUGUCCUAGAUGAAGAAAACCUAACUAAGAUAUUUCGAGAGACUGCUAUUUUAAAGAAACUCCGUCAUCCCCACGUGACUAGACUGUAUCAGUUGAUGGAAACAAAACAAACCAUUUAUUUGGUUACAGAAUAUGCGAGUAAUGGAGAGAUAUUUGAUCAUUUAGUAGCAAAAGGCCGCAUGGCGGAACCAGAAGCAAAAAGAGUAUUCAGUCAAAUUGUUUCGGCCGUUUGCUAUUGUCAUUCACAGGGGGUGGUGCACAGAGACUUAAAGGCUGAAAAUUUGCUGUUAGAUCACAAUUUUAAUAUUAAGCUUGCUGAUUUUGGCUUCAGCAAUCAAUUCACAGAAGGCAAUUUGCUGAGCACAUUUUGUGGUUCGCCUCCAUAUGCGGCCCCAGAAUUAUUUCGGGGUUUAAAAUAUGAUGGAACCAAAGCUGACAUAUGGAGUCUAGGAGUUGUCGUAUACAUUUUAGUAUGCGGCUCCUUACCAUUUGACGGCCACACAUUGCAAGCCCUUAGAAAUGUUGUAAUAGAGGGCAAGUUCAGGAUCCCUUUUUUUAUGUCGCAAGACUGCGAGCAUUUGGUCAGGCACAUGCUAGUAGUAGAUCCGGAUAAACGGCUGACUAUAUCGCAAAUUCUCAAACACAAAUGGUUGAGCGAUGCAGAACCACCUUUGCAAUUAGAUGUAGAAGAAGAUCAGCGGUUGAAUAAUACUGUUAUUGAACAUAUGCUUCAGUUGCCAGGUCUUGACAGAGCAGCAAUAGCCCGAUCACUAGAAGUCAAUUCUUUCGAUCACAUUUACGCCAUUUAUCAUUUACUUUUGGACAAACUCAAACGAAGAACAAUGAAUUUCCAAAGUAAAGUGGCUAUGCAGAGACGCAGGAUGGGCGAGGCACAAGAACACAAAUCUUUACAAGACAGCGAUGGUUACUUGCAAGCCCGCAACCCAAAAUUCACCGAAAGAAGCGAAUCUUUCAAUGAACAACAGCUGACAAUGCAAUUGGGAGCCAGUGCUGCCACUACACCAAUGUCCGCCGAUGAACGGCUUGCAUUUCAACCAGAUACUGGGCAGAAUAAUAAUUGGAGGAGGGAGAGUUUUAAUGAAUCGUACCUCAGUGAUGAACCGUCGCACGUUAAUUGGAGAAGGGAGAGUUUUAAUGAGAACUAUCUCCGUAGUGAUUUUACUGAAAGCAGUGGACAUGCCACAGUUAGUAGUAGCCAGGAAGUGGAAAGGAGAAGAUUGUUGCAGGAAGGCGAGGAUGUUGGGUCGCCGUUUGUUUCCAUGCCUGCAAUACCUGCUGUUUAUUUGGCAGGAGAUGGAGAGGGACAACCUUUGGAGAAGUUUGGAGAAAUGGACUUGGAUCAAAGCGACGACACAUGUUCUCUAACCAUACCGUCUUAUUCUACUGGAUACAGCAGCUGUUCCUCAUCAGGCGAUAAAUAUUUAACUGUAAGACGACACACUGUGGGUCCUGGUGAUUCAGCCCAUGAGCAGGCUCUUGAAAAACACUACAUGGGUCAAAUGCCUCCGCAAGAUGUCGCCACGGCUAAUGGAACCAAAAUGCUGCCCAUCACAAACUUACAUUUGCCUAUGCUGGGCCAACAGAAUCCUCACUAUUUUGGUGGGAAGGAUCCGCAUUUAUUGAAACCUCCCACUGUGUUGAGUGUUGGAGGAUUUGGACGAAGAGCUUCAGAUGGUGGAGCAAAUUUGCACAUGAGCUGGGGCGCGCCAGGAUCUCACGAACAACUUUCCAUGAUGUCCACAAGUUCGAGUGGUAAUCCUAGUAGUUUAAGUAGUGGUACUGGUACACAGCCCUUGGACCAUAGUCAGCAAUUUGAUGAUUUAGCUGCAGCAAGAUAUUUGCAAGGUAGAGGUAACACAAAACGCCAUACAAUGGCAAAUCCUGAAGAUGUACAUUCCUUACAAUCUAGUUCAAGUUCUGGCAGUCGGACACGUAGAACGGGUUUGUUGACGGUAAUGGAAAGACCACCAGUAAUCCCGCCUGAAAUCGUGAUGGAAGUAGAAGCACGCAUGAACCGGAUGUAUAUGCCUUCUAUUUCGUCACAGCGUAAACAUAGCCGCCAAAUGAGGUCGCAGCUACCUACUGUACAGGAAUUAGGACGAGAACAAAAAUCGAUAGAACGAUUUUCGCCUGUUAGAAGAGGAAGUGAAGGCUCCACAGGUUCUAGGACGUUGAGCCCUUCGACGCCUCAACAAGAGUGUCAAAGGCUACAAAGAGGACUUCAGAGUCGAUCGAGUCCGCCUAGGUCAAUACCAGGUUCUCCCAUCCAUCAAAUAGUGACUGACCCCUCGCUUCGGCAUCAGCUCUCUUCAGAGGGAGCUUCUCCCAUCCACCAGUACUACAGCAACACCACACAAGAUCAAAAUCUACAAGACUUUUCCAAAUACUCCAACAUUCGCGACCCAACGUUGGGGUUGCCGCCUGAAAAUAUCGUUCCUGGUGCUUUAGGGGGUUAUGACAGGAGUCCUCUGCAAUGCCCUGGGGCUUCGCCUUAUGGCGCUACGAGUGUACAGACCUUUGGACAGGUUCCAGGACUAAACAUCUUUGGUACCACCACGACAAUGUUAAAUCCUCUCUUAAGCCCCAGUGCCUCACCUGUUUUCGGUGGUUAUUCUACACCUACAGGUGGUAGCAGUGUAUCGUCAAUUACACAAGGUUUAAGUGGCCUAAAUACAGCAGGAAGUGGUUCGAUAACACAGGGCACUCCCUCGGUCAAUUUACAAAACAUGGGAUCGCCCAUAAUGGAUGAUAACAAAAUGGACACUUCACCACUCCCAAUGUCAUCGUAUAUGACCACUGGUCAACCAUUCCUGCAUCAGGUGCCUCAUCAUAUGCACGUGCUGAACGUGCAUAGCCAUAGAAGUCUGACUAAUUCGCCGAUAAGCAAUCCGGGUAGUCCCGGCUUGGAUAUGAUCCAGGAGGAGGCUACACAGCAACUAGCGCCAUUCCAGACGAAGGGAGAAAUACUGGGUCAUCCACAGAUAUCCGUUACUGAUGUAUUGGGCAGUGAAGUUACCUUGGUCGCUGGCUCGGAUACAUCAGAAGAUUCGAUGGACAGCCUCGACAACCAAAAGAUCUCAAAGAUUCCGUCGUUUAUCAUUUCAGAACCGUCGGAAAACACUCCAAGCAUAACACGAGGCAUCGGUCGAAAAACCAGCCAAGAAAACGAAAAUCGCGAAGAUCCAACUCACGUUCCUCAACAUUCCGACGAGUUUUUUCUGAGACGUAACUCGGAUAAAAGCUCGUGCUAUUCAGACGACUCGUUGUCCAAUGACAGUCUCAGCAUAGGCAACCAAAGCCCUAGCAGUAGUUCAAAUACACAAUCCAGUCAUGCUUUUGAUGGUGACAUUAGGACGAGAGCUAUCGAUUCUAUGCAACUGAAAAGAGAAUUAAAUAAUGCUGGUGGUCAGGCUGAAAACUUCCAAAUAUUCCAAAAUCUCAAGUUGAACCUAAACGACUCCGUCAAAUUUCCAUCAGCGGAUGGAUUGCAGUCGAACUUGCACAAAAAUUCUGGUUCGUUUGAGUUUGAAUUGAGCGAUGUCUGUUCAAAACUGCAAUCUAACGACAUCUUGGAAAUAGUAAAAAAGACCAUAAACGAUCAAAUACCUCCUAAACAACUUGUCAGUUCUAAUGAGGUCAGUGAUAGAUUGAGCCUGGAAUAUGAGGGCGGUAUACAAAUAGAAUUGAAGAUAGUCGAUAAGCAUAGAGACUCCAAAGGGUUGAAAAUGAGACGGAUAUCGGGGGAUCAUCUGGUUUAUAAUCAACUUUGUCAACAAUUGAUAUCUUGCAUGACUGUUUCCUAACAUUUGAAGGAUCCUUUUUAGGUUAUGAGCAUUUUUUUUCCCGUACUGUUACAUACUUCAAGAUGAUCCUUUUUCACUUAUCUUUAAGUAUUCAAUAGUGUUGCUUACAAUACAGAUUUCGUUUUAAUUUCUAAGAUGAAAUAAUAAUAAUAAUAAAUAAUCUUGCUUUUUUUUAACCAAAAAAAAAGUGUCAUCUUGAACUACUAUGGGCCAUUUUUUACAAGUUUGGUGUCUGCUUGUUUUAGCAGAAAUAGAGGGUUCCAAUUUUAAAAUAAAGCUAGAAAAAGGCAGACCUUAAGAUCUCUUUCCAACACAUUGCAUCUCAUGGAAAAAGACCGGUUUCUAUGACUCCUGUCUCUUUCCAAUAGCUGCCAAAAUAAUAGCCUUCAGUCUUUGCCAGGGCAAAUAGAUACCUGCCGUAACAUACAAAAAUGAGCCACAUUGUUCUGGGUUAUUCAAUUUGAUUUUGAUCUAUUGAGAUAGCUGAAUCCAUAACAGCCACAAAGAGUUUUUAAUUGCAACUACAUAUUUAGUUUUAUUAAAAAGUCAGUUGUAAAAUACAGACUCUUGGAAAAAUAAUGUGUAAUAUGCACGAGAAGGUAGAUCAAUACCUUACUUUUCAAAUAAAAAUAUAUUUUUUUUAUUUAUCAUUGGUAUUGGACUAAAUUACCCAACUUUACCUCAUUUUGACCUCUUUAUAACUCUGCCGAAGGCAAAUAAAUGAAAUUUAAUAACCCAUUUGCUCUAGACUAUACUAUAGAGAUGGGACUGUUCAUAUGGUCCUCUAGCCAUCUUUCGAAAAACAUCUCUGUUGUGAUUCGCCCUUCAAAAGGGCUCCCAUGUAAAUAAUUAUUUUAUAUUGUGAUAGAGGGUGAAGUUGACCAAAAAAAAACUUCAUUUUUAUGUAAAUAAGUCUAGUAAAUAUCCUAACUGAAUUUAAGUAAAGUAAAUAAGAUAAGUACAGGCAAGUGUGUUUUAUUUUAGGUUUGGA